AUAAUCACCAAAAUCAGUAUUUUUAUUUUAAUUAUUUACUAUUAUAAUCAGUGGUUAAAGUGAGGGGGGACGCAGUAGGACUCAGUACCCCUAACUCUGACGGUGGUUGAAAAGCGUCCCCUUUUACAAAUUAGGAUUUUAUACAUUAGACAUUAUACAUAAAAUUAUAUAUGGAACGCUUAAAACUAUAUGGAGACAUUAGUCCCUCUGGAAAUUUUUCCCAAUUUAACCCCUGAUUAUAAUCGUAAUUAAUUAAUUACUUUAUAUUUUUUUCUUCACAGCUACUUUUUUACAAUAGCAUAUAUUUGGAUUCUUUAUUAGGUGGCUAAGGUAAUGGUAGUCGACAUUAAUACGUCUUAUGUUUGGAGGUUAAAAAAAAUGUGUAAUGAAAAAAUGCAAUGUUUCGUACCUAGUGGCAUUAACUCGAAAUUUGAACAAAUUUAAUUGUGUAGAACAAAAUGUUAGCUUACAUCAAUAUUUCUGUGCUCGUAUAAACUAUAAAUGUGAAAUAUCUAUAACAAUUGACAAUAUUAUAUUAAGUUACGACAGCCAGACAGCUACAUCAUGAACAUGAACGCAUUUUACAUGGUGACACAGUUGUAGCCUUUCAAUUCUUUCUUAAUUUUUUUUUAGUGACCCGAUGUUCCGUGGAGUUGUUAGUCGAGUGUGCUGUAGUUGUAGUGGGCCCGAAUAACCAGAAAAGAAAAUAACGCGAAAAACGUAUCUCAUUUCAUUCGCAUGUUUUCAUUUGUUGUCCACAACUUCAGGGUAGUCAUAUACUCAUGUUACUAUCGUUGCCGCUCAUAGAUAAAAUGUAAUAUGUUGCCGCUGCGGUAUUUAUCUUAUCAAUAUACACGUUAUACAAAAAUUACAAAAUGUAUUAACUUUUUUUAAAUACAUUUAUUUUUUUGUAAUAUUAUAUUGUUAUAAUCACAUGUAAUUGUGGUAUAAUGUUAUGCUUGUAUUGAGUAUUUAAUUUUUAUUACACCUACAUUAUAUUAUACCAAUAAAAAAAUAAUUUAAGUUUGUUUAUUGCAUAUUCUAUUAUAUGUCUGCGAUGUUUGCUUAAUGUCUAUGUAUUUAUAAAUGGCGGAUUAGCUUUCAAUGCUUCGUACUGGAAUUUAUAUUCGAUUUCUCGUCUAGUUGUUAGUGCCGGAAGUACUUAGAUUAAAAACCGAUUUUCUUAGUUCUAUGAUUGUUUGACAACUCGUAUAUUGUGUAAAAAAUUAUUAUCGUUCACGCUUUUGUAUAAUUUGUAUUACGUAUUAAUACGUAUUUCAACAAUUAAUUUGUUACAAUGAACUUUAUAGUACAUUUGACGAUUUCUUUAUCUAUACUCUCAAUUGGGAACUGCAUAAGAUGGAAUAUGCAACCCAACAGUCGAAAAUGUCUCAGAGAAGAACUCAGGGAAAAUGUAUUGGUAAAGGGUGAAUAUGAAGUAACUCAGGUUGACAAUCAGCAAGUAGAUUAUGUUGUUAAAGAUUCAAAAAAUCAUAUAUUGUCACAGAAAGAAGAUAUAAGUUCUGGAAAGUUUACUUUUAGUGUAGAAAAUUAUGAUAUAUUUGAAAUAUGUUUUUCUUCAAAAACUUCAAAUAAUGAAUAUCAUCAAGGUGCUAUACAAGAGGUUUUUGUGGAUAUAAAAACAGGAGUAGAAGCUAAAAGCUACGAAGGAAUUGCUGAAGCUUUUAAAUUGAAACCUCUCGAGAUGGAUCUAAAGCGACUGGAAGACUUUUCAGAAGCCAUUGUACUAGGAUUCAAAGAUAUGAAAAAGCGUGCUGAUGAAAUGCGCAAUACAAAUGAAUCUACAAACAAGAGAGUCCUCUAUUUUAGUUUGUUCAGUAUGAUUUGUGUAAUUGUGUUGGCAACUUGGCAAGUCUUUUACUUGAGGCGUUACUUCAAAGCAAAAAAAUUAAUCGAAUAAGAUUUUAAUGACAUCAGAAGAAUAAAAAUUUAUAAUACAUUUGACUGUCAUAAUGUUUGCACAUAAGUGCCAAUUUUAAAUACAUUUAUCAUGUAAUUCAUUAAAAGUAGUUUUACCACAUAUUGUAAAUAUUGAUUUCAGGAUUUUGAAUCCAUUCAUAGUUCUGUCCAAAUCUCAUUUUUCCUAAUUAAUUUUAGUUUAAUAUAUCUUGACUUUUGACUGAAAAAAAUAUUACACUAACAAACAGUAAAUGAUGAAACUAUUGAUUGGCUUAUGCCACAAAUAACUAAUAAUUUUAUGUUUUGUUUAAAUCCAAAAAUGGAUAAAACUAUGGAAUGGACCUACCAAAGUAUAACAUUAAUGAGAUAAAACCUAAAUAUUUAAGUACCAUCACAUUGUUAUUUCUAGUCUUUUUCUAUAAUACUCAAGUAAAUCGACUGUUUUUAAUGUAAUCGUUUAAAAUACUAUUAUGUUAAUAAUAUAUUUUCAAUUGUAUUCACUAUUAUGAUAAUAAAAUAUUCAUUGAUACACAUAUUUUGUCAAUAAACUUGUAUUACUGUGGUGUUUAAACAAAAUACAUGUUUUAAGUGUUUUUAAUACAUUAAAUUAAUCUGAAAA